GUCCGUGGGCUUUGCCUUCCGUCGCAUCACUUCCGUCGCUUAGCGGCUGGUUGCUGUGUCAUGGCGCAGGACGGUGCAGUAGGUGACGGUUGUUACCGGCUGCGCUGUUCCAUCCCUGGACACGAACAGGAUGUCAGGGGGCUCGUACGUUGCCCGAUACCUUCGGGAGAUGGGUUCGUGUCGGUGUCACGUGACAGGAGCGCGCGCCUCUGGGCACCGGACAGCCCUCACAGGGGUUUCAACGAAAUACACCGCAUGAGUGGACACACCAACUUUGUCUCCUGUGUGUGCAUCAUACCUCCGAGUGAAAUCUACCCACGGGGAUUGAUCGCUACAGGGGGGAACGAUCACAACAUCUGUGUAUUUAGUCUGGAUAGUGUGAAUCCUCUCUAUGUGUUGAAAGGCCACAAGAACACAGUUUGUAGUCUUUCUUCCGGAAAGUUUGGCACAUUGCUGAGUGGAUCGUGGGACACGACUGGAAAGGUCUGGCUCAAUGAGAAGUGCAUGAUGACCUUACAGGGUCAUACCGCUGCUGUCUGGGCAGUGAAGAUUUUACCAGAGCAGGGUCUGAUGUUGACCGGAUCAGCUGACAAAUCUAUUAAGCUGUGGAAAGCAGGGAGGUGUGAAAAUACAUUCCUUGGGCAUGAAGACUGUGUCAGAGGACUGGCCAUUCUAAGCGACACUGAGUUCCUUUCCUGUGCCAACGAUGCCACCAUUAGACGAUGGUUAAUCUCCGGGGAGUGCCUACAAGUCUAUUAUGGUCAUACGAAUUACAUAUAUAGCAUAUGUAUCUUUCCAAAUUCACAAGAUUUUGUGACUACAGGAGAAGACAGAUCAGUUCGGAUCUGGAGGAAAGGAGAGUGUUUUCAGACAAUCCGUCUCCCUGCCCAGUCAGUGUGGUGCUGCUGCAUCCUGGAUAAUGGAGACGUUGUUAUCGGGGCAAGUGACGGCAUAAUCCGAGUAUUUACAGAGUCCCUAGACCGCACAGCCAGCCCAGAGGAAAUACAAGUGUUUGAAGAUGAACUCUCCCAAGCCACAAUUGAUCCUAAAACAGGAGAUCUUGGUGACAUUAAGAUAGAGGAGCUUCCUGGAAAAGAACAUCUGACUGAACCUGGUACUAAAGAUGGACAGACUCGGCUCAUUAAUGUAGAUGGCAAAGUUGAGGCCUACCAGUGGAGCAUUAGUGAAGGACGCUGGAUGAAAAUUGGGGAUGUAGUCGGAUCAUCAGGUGCAACACAGCAAACCUCUGGGAGAGUCCUGUUUGAAGGAAAGGAAUAUGACUACGUAUUCACAAUUGAUGUGAAUGAAAGUGGACCUUCUUAUAAGCUGCCAUAUAAUGUAACAGAAGACCCCUGGCUCGUUGCAUACAAUUUCCUGCAGAAGAAUGAUUUGAAUCCCAUGUUCUUAGAUCAAGUAGCAAAAUUUAUCAUUGACAACUCCAGUGGACAAACAAUAGCAUCUCCGCAAACUGGCUUUGCUGAUCCGUUCACAGGUGGAGGUCGUUACAUCCCAGGAAGCUCACCCGGUCCGGUUUCUGGAGCUGACCCGUUUACAGGUGGUAGCCGCUAUGUACCUGGCUCAGGGAUGCAGUCUGCUCGUUCAGCUGGAGCAUCGGAUCCAUUUACAGGACAGAACGCCUAUCGAUCAUUAGCUGCUCAGACUCCAAAUAUUUACUUCCCAAAGAAAGACCCUCUCACUUUUGAUCAAGCAAACCCAUCUCAAAUUUCAGGUAAACUGAAAGAACUAAACCACUCUGCUCCUGAGCAACAUAAGAUGUCUGAAGAAGAUUUAAUGCGACUUGAAAAACUCCUAUCUGUGGUGAUUAAUCCAUCAGGAGAAGUAGCCACAGCGCAACAACUAGACACUUUGUGGAGAGCCGUUAAUUGGCCAGAAGAUAUUGUAUUUCCAGCCUUAGAUGUUCUUCGUUUGUCCAUGAAGAAUCGCACUGUGAAUGAAAUGUUCUGCAGUGAAAAAGAAGGCAGUCAGUUUAGCAACUACCUCUUCAAGUUCAUGCAUCCCGGCGGCAGACAAGCCAACCAGCUUCUAGCCCUGCGGACAUUAUGUAACAGUUUCUCCUACGAUCCGGGAACGCGACUAAUGAUAUCCCAUAGAGACACCGUAAUCACUAAAGCGAUAGAACUGAAAGCAGUAAACAAUAAGAAUAUCCACACUGCUCUAGCCACGUUGUUGCUUAACUACGCCAUAUGUUUACAUAAAAUUAACGACUUGGAGGGAAAGGCCCAAUGUUUAUCAGCCAUCAGUACGGUUAUGGAAGUUGUGGAAGACCCUGAAGCGGCUUUCCGUCUGCUGGUGGCUCUUGGUACACUGAUCAGCGAUGAUGAAAAUGCUGUACAGUUAGCAAAGUCCCUUGGCGUCAAUUCGCAGAUCAAGAAAUACAUGUCUGUCGCGGAACCAGCCAAAGUUAAUGAGUGCUGCAGGCUCCUUUUAAAUAUAGUGUAAAUCAUUUUUUUUUCUACUGCUAAAGGGGGGGAAAAAAACCCUAUUCCUGAGACACAUAGUGUUUUCUUACUACACUGUACAAUAAAUACAUUGAAGCUAAUGCUGUGGAAUGAAUGCUGACAUAAUGAACAUUUGUCUUGUCUUAAAGUUUAAAUUGGCCGCAAAUAAAUUUUUUUGCACUGA